GUCACUCCCCAUAAACAUCGACGAGAUAUACAGGGUCAGAUAUGUGCUGUAUCUAAUGAUCUUGCAUUAUAUGUAUACGUACAAUUGGCGAAAAUUCUAAUGAUAUUUCUUAAUCGCUACAUGUGAUGUGCGCGAAAAUCAACGGCGAGAGAUAUUUGUUGUCGGUAGGACCAUAAACACAUGUGCUUGUUUCAGGAUUCUACUGAAUGCUGAUCGCAAGAGAUACUAAUAGCAAAUGGCUGUAUCAAAGACAACAUUAAAAACUCUGUUUGGAGUUUAUGGCAUCAUUUCCAGACAGACUCUGUUAUUGCCAUCUACCCUCAGAUGCUCCGUUAUCCUGAGCACCAGGAGCAUCUAUGAGCGUGAUUACCGCAGACCAGGCCAGCCUCCAGACACCCGCUGGCCCUGGCAAAAGAUACAGUUUGAUUUCUCCAAAGGUGUGGAGGGUAUCAAGAAGCACAUUGGGUUGUUGAAGGAUGAGUUUGUCCUGCGCUGGACUGGACCUGAAGGAAAGCCGUUAAUAGAGCACAUGCUGGAACAGACGCGUGUCCAGUGGGAGUUCCGUGGACCAGAGAGUCUCAGUCAGUGGGUGGUGUCAUCUGAUCAGGAGAUUGGAGGUCGCAGUGAGGCAUACAUCAAACUGGGCAAGAACAACACCACAUGUUUGCUGUACGGGACCUUGUGCUCUGCGCCUCCCCGUGAUGGAGAGACUCGAUACAGUGGAUACUGCACUCUGCGCUCCAAACAACCGCUGGCCUCAUUUGACAGAAAAAAGCAUUAUGACUGGUCAAGUUUCAACACAUUACACAUGCGUAUCCGGGGCGAUGGAAGACCGUGGAUGGUAAACGUGUCUGCAGAGACCUUCUUUUCUCAUCAAAGAGAUGACAUCUACAGUUACUUCCUCUACACUAGAGGGGGACCCUACUGGCAGGAUGUCAAGAUCCCAUUCUCCAAGUUUUUCCUUUCCAGCCGGGGAAGAAUACAGGAUGACCAGCAUGUUCUCUGGUUAGAUAAGGUAAAGAGUAUUGGUUUUACAUUGGGAGAUAAAGCAGAUGGCCCAUUUCAGCUGGAGAUUGACUUCAUUGGCCUGUGCAAUGACCUUGCUCACACAGAGGAGUUUGCAUAUGAACUUUACAAGAGAAAUCCAGAGGUUUAGUUGGAUUAAACAAGAUUCAACAAUUGUAUAUGACAGAUAGACAGUGCUUUAUUAAUAAAAACUUUUGCAAAUA